AUGAACAACCCAGUAGAUCAGCUCCGCCGGAAAUCACGUUGCCAUUGCGACAUUCUUUUCCAGUCGACGUUUCUCAGACGAAAAAACACCUGCCGACACCCAACAACUGCCUCACACCUUCAAGCAAAUCAGCUCGCAAAUCCAAUCGUCGGUCGCCCCUGUCCUGGCGAAAUGACUCUGAUAACCGCCUUUGUCCUCUCUGGUAGAGAUCAUCGGCCUCAUAUGAUCGAUCAAUCACCGCCUGCUGGAGCUACGACACCACCAAAUCACCUCCAGUCACCGACUGUCAACAUUCGUCGCCGAUCUCCCUCUUCAAUCAACAUUACCCGAAGAGGAACCCCUCACUGCUAG